AUGGUGAAAAAAAAAACAUCAAGUAUGGAGCGGGCGGGUCGUCGUGCUAAAGCAGGCUCGUUGAGCGGUCUUUCGGGCGGGUUGCCGGGAGCGACGCCGAACGUGCGUCGCCAGCGCUCGUUGGAGUGGUCCGGCGAUAGGUAUAGCAGUAGCGACGAAGACCGCCCGCAGAAACCACCACAGCUCGAUGACCGGGUCUUCGCCUCGCUUCUUGCUCAAGCGACUCAGCAGUUUGACUGUGAGCAGCGUCGUAUAUAUGGAUCCGAAAAUGGAGAAGACCCGCCGCGCUACAUCAGUAGCCCUCAACGACAAGCUUCGCCAUUUCCUAUAGAAAGUACAAAUCGGCGAUUUUACAGAAGAAACAGAAAUUCCAAAGGCGAAGAAAUAUUUAAUGGCGAAGUGGGAGGUGGCACUCUGUCUCGACGAAAUCGACGCACUGAUGACUUUUCCCACGAAACCAAUGGGCGUGGCAAUCGAAUAAGUCACAUGAAUGGACCAUCAAGCGGAGGUCAAAGUGAACGUGAGUGCGAGUCACCUCCUGAGCCCGCUCCACCGGAGGUGCCUCCUCGAGGACCGUCUCUUCAUGUUACACUGCGACAUCGCCCGGCGCCCGAUCAGUCUGCUGACUCCGAACGUCUGUUCCUCUCAGAAGAAAAAGUAGAUGUACUGGUUACUGAUCACAAGACUCAUACUUAA